AUGUAUCUCAUUUCGGCUGCCAUUGACUGGGCCGCGCCCGUCUUCCUCGUCACCUCCCCCUCACGUCCUACGCCGACCAAAUCGGUUUUUUAUUGGUUUGGAGAGUACUAUUCAGCCACUUUGUUGACCCAGGCCGUCGUCAUGAUUGUGGUGCAGAUGACCAUGCUCAAGGUUGCAUUGGAUAAUCGGCCUUCUCCUGGUGGUCUGAAUGGGAUUGAGCAUGCGCCUUUCAGCGGUGGCUCUGACAGUGGCUCCUCAAGGCCUUACGAAUUUUGGCAGUGGAAGAACACAAAGCCGUACUACAUGUUCCUCACUUACUUCGUCGGAGCCCUGACUCUUAUCCACCUAAGUCCGAUCUCCCAAUUCGAAUCGUAUAUCAGCCUCUUAGGUUACAUCGGACUUGCCGUCGAGGCCACCCUUCCCAUCCCACAAAUCAUCGCCAACUACCGAUCAGGCUCGUGCAAGGGCUUCCGGGUCUCCGUCAUCGCGGCAUGGAUUCUCGGUGACACCAUGAAGAUGAGCUACUUCUUCUGCAGCACGGAAACUAUCCCGUGGGCCUUCAAGCUGUGCGGCAUGUUCCAAUGCGCGUGCGAUUUCUACCUGGGCUUCCAGUUCUAUAUGUUCACUCGGGGCUCCUCACUCCCCUCACACUCUCGGGGCCCCUCCCAGACCGCGGGCAGGUCGGAACAGGAUGGCCGUUGGGGCCACGAGGCGAAAGAUAUCCGCAUGAACUGA